AUGGACAGCGUUCUCCAGACAUGCGCUGUCGAGGGUCCCAAGUGCCUGAUGCAGGCUGACUUCUGGUCCCUGGGCACCUGUGUCAUCUCAACCCGGCCCCGGCCCCCCGGCCUGAUGCUGCCCCCCAGCCCGGCCCCGGCCCCCGGCACUUUCCCGAGCCUCUUGCGGAAGGUUCAACUGCUGCCCACUGGAAUCACGGAGAAAUUUCACGAGGGCUCCACGCUAAGCCAGGGGCAAGGGUGUCUCCCAGUCCAUUUGCGGGCAGGCCGACCCCGCGCCCAGCUUCCGGGACGCAGGGGUGCGGGCGCGUCCGCGGGAGCGCAGACUCGGGGGCCCCCGAGUGGCCCCUUCCACACAGGUACCAUCACGCUGUUUGCGGCUCUCACUGUCAUCCUGGGACUCUUCAAAAUCGGAUACUUCAUUGGGUUUUCAGAGUGUCUGUCCGCCACGGAGGGAGUCUUCCCUGUGACACACUCGGUCCACACUCUGUUACAGGUAUAUUUUCUUUGGGGACAUGCAAAGGACAUUAUCCAAUCUUUCAAAACUCUGGAAAGGUUUGGGGUGAUCCACUCCGUGUUCACCAACCUGCUGCUGUGGGCCAACAGCGUGCUGAACGAGUCCAAGCACCAGCUGAACGAGCACAAGGCGCGUCUGAUCACGCUGGGCUUCGGUAACAUCACCAUAGUUCUGGAUGACCACAGCCCCCAGUGCAACUGCACGCCCCCCGGCCUCUGCUCUGCCAUCGCCCACGGCAUCUAUUACCUGUACCCCUUCAACAUCGAGUACCAGAUCCUGGCCUCCACCAUGCUCUACGUCCUGUGGAAGAACAUCGGCCGCGAGGUGGACGGUGCCCAGCACCACAGGGUGCGGUUCAGGUUCAACGGGGUCCUGCCGGGCUCGGCGCUGGGCCUGGCCGUGCUGGCCGCCACCAUCGGCAUCGUGGCUGUCUACCUGGUCCACAUCGGGCGCUCCAAGAGCAAGAGCGAGUCGGCACUCACCAUGUUCUACCUGUACGCCAGCGCCCUGCUGCUGCUCAUGGCGGCUGCCGGCCUGGUGGGCAUCGGGAUUUACAGGCUGGACGAGAAGUCACUGGACGAGUCCAAGAGCCCAGCUCGCAAGCUGGACACUGACCUGCUGGUGGGCACCGCCUCAGGCUCCUGGCUCAUCUCCUGGGGCUCCAUCUUGGCCUUUGUCUGUGCUGAGACCUGCCCGCCCUACACCUGGUACAACCUGCCUUACGCCACACUGGUGAUCCUGGAGAAGUACAUCCAGAAUCUGUUCAUCAUCGAGUCGGUCCACCGUGAGCCCGAGGGCCGCGCCGAGGACAUCCGCACCCUCCGGGUGGUCACCGUCUGCAGUGGGGACGCCCCGGCCCCGGCCCCGGCAGGGGAGGCCAUGCCCCCGGGUGGGGACACGCCACAGACUACCAAUGGGAGCCUGUGUCUGCACCCCCGCUGCGGCAAAGAGGAGCAGGAGAGGAGAUGGGAGGGGGCCCCGGGCCCGGCCUGCCACCCCUGGCUCCUGCAGGGCCACUCCAAGAGAAGGACCCUCAGGAAUAUCACGGCCUUCCUCUUCUUUGGCAACAUUUCGCUGUGGAUCCCCCCUGCCUUUGGCUGUCGCCCCGAGUACGACAAUGGACUGGAAGAGAUCGUCUUUGGCUUUGAGCCCUGGAUCAUUGUGGUCAACCUGGCCAUGCCUUUCUCUAUCUUCUACCGAAUGCACGCAGCUGCCUCCCUCUUUGAGGUCUAUUGUAAGAUAUAG